UUUAUUAUUAAUAUUAAUACUAUUAUUGUUAUUAUUAUUAUUAUUAUUAUUCCCAUGCUACUUCUCAAACAAUUGUGGAGAUCUUAACAGUUCCGCCUGUCUGAUGUCGCCGAGCAUAGCGUCCUGAUUCGGGAAAACACAACUUCCUACGGACGUACACAGUAGAUGCUACUAGUUGGUAUUAGACUAGUAGUAGUAGUUAUGGAGUUGACUUGGUCAUUCAUUCCAUCUUUGGAUAAGCUGUUCUCUCUGACACGUUUUCGAACUUUAAUUAUAUGCAUGGGUGGUUUUAGUUUCACUUCAGUUAACCACCCUCUCACUUUAGAAUGGGGAGGAUUAAUACUAGCUGUGCUAUUGCGUAAAAGGGACGGGGAAGGGGAAAAUGGGUCUAUCUUUGUCUGGUAAUGAUCGGGACGACGGGAUGAGUACUCCGUAUUUGCGGUUGACGUACUUAUCGAGACUUUAGACUGAAACUGAAACUCGGUGAUUUGAUUUUAGAGAAAAGGUUAUUUUGACCAUUUCGGCUUCAGAAUCGGCCGAAAGAGUUUGUUAGUUAUUACAUGUUCUAUAGAGUUAAGAUGGAGGGGGAGGGAAUACCAUAGGCCGUUGGAAAGUAGCCGAUUCGGGGGUUUGUCGCCGGCGCUGACGCGAAUGACAGACAGUAUAGGUUAAGUGAGGCCGAACAAAUCAGCUGUGUUGUAACUCAGAUGGGUUAUGGUAGUGUAGAUAGCAGCUUUUCCAUUUGGUCUGGG